AUGGGUAACGGGGCGAGCAGUGGAGGAGUUCCAGUGACGUCAACAUCGGGAAAGUACACGGGGCCGAGCACAGUGAUCACCGAGCUCCUGGCAAGCUGGGACGAUUUCCAGUUGCUGCAGUUGACAGACUUCUACCGGGUCAGGCUGGAACAGGCGAUGGAAGGAGGGGUGCACGGAGUAAGCCUGGCGUUAACGGCCGAGAAUCAGUUCAGCGGAGAGGAACAUCGGAAAAUCUCUGAUCUCGCUGAUAAGGGAGAGCGGGCGGACAGUUCUAAACUCCUUCUGAGCCUGGUGAUGGAGAAAGGCUCCCGCGCCCGGAGGGUGAUGUGGGAAACCUUUGUGAAAAUGAGGAUUGGUGUCCCAAAGCUGGACAAAAUCCUGAAAGAAAUACAGGAACAUGGCUGUGUUCCGGACCAUCAACCCGUACCGGAGAUUCCCAGGGAGCUGAAAGGGACCUGUCACACUUUGAGACUCGACACACUUCUGACUGGUUCCCGGCAUGCUAAACACAAGGAGGCUCUGCGGGCACAAACUGAAACACUGAGAGUGAACACGAUCCUGAUGAGGGAGAAGGUGAAGGUUUUCCAGCUGGCUGAUCGAUACGCUGAGCUCACGGUCAUUUCUACUGUUCGAGAUCGGAGACUUGUGGAACAUGAGCUGCUGGCAAGAGGCAGAGACCACGAGGAGUGGAGAGAAAAACAUCUCCGUGGACACCUGGAAAAACUCCGGAUGGAUCAGCUGUUCCACAGCAGCUUUACUCGGAGUAAAUCCAAAUCUGUGAGUUCGGCAGCAAUGGCCGGAGUCCCGGGGAUCGGGAAAACAACAAUGGUACAAAGGAUUGUUCAUGACUGGGCCACGGGGAAAAUAUACCAACAAUUCCAGUUUAUCUUCAGUUUCAAAUUCCGGGAUUUAAACUCCAUUAACUGCAGAAUAAACCUGAAGGAACUCAUUCUGGAUCAGUAUCCUUACUUUGGGAACAUACUGAGAGAGGUCUGGAAGAACCCAGAGGGAUUGCUGUUUAUAUUUGAUGGUUUGGAUGAAUUCAAUGACACAAUUGAUUUUGCUGACAGUCAGAAAGACACGGAACCUCAGUCCACAUGCACAGAUCCUGCAUUCAAGUGUAAGGUGUCUGACAUUGUGUACAGUUUAAUCCAGCACAAGCUGCUCCCAGGGUGUUCAGUGCUGGUGACCACCCGUCCCACUGCGUUACAUUUACUGGAAAAGGCUAAGAUCAGUGUCUGGGCUGAAAUCCUGGGAUUUGUUGGUGAGGAAAGGAAGGAAUACUUCAUCAGACAUUUUGAAGAUCAGACGGUGGCGGCAGCUGUUUUCAAACACGUGAAGGAGAAGGAGAUCCUGUACACCAUGAGCUACAACCCCUCCUACUGCUGGAUCCUCGCUCUGGCACUGGGUCCCUUCUUCACACAAAGAGUCAGGGACCCGCAGCGAGUUCCCAAGACCAUCACCCAACUGUACUCCUACUAUAUUUACCACAUCCUGAAAAACCACGGUCGUGAGAUUGAGAAUCCCCGUGAUGUGUUACUCAGGGUUGGUCAGAUGGCCUUCAGAGGAGUGUCCGAGAAGAAGAUUGUGUUUACAGAUGGAGAUUUGAUCAACUACAAUCUGCAGCCUUCCCAGUUCCUGUCCGGGUUCCUGAUGGAGCUUUUGGAGAGAGAGGAUUCUGCCCGGAGCGUGGUGUACACAUUCCCACACCUCACGAUCCAAGAGUUUGUAGCUGCAGUCGCACAAUUCCUGAAUCCACAUCCCGGGGAUAUCCUGAAAUUCCUCACUGGAGCCCACAACACGACAGAUGGGCGAUUUGAGGUAUUUCUCCGUUUUGUUGCUGGUCUCUCCUCCCCAAUGACAACUCGGGGCCUGGAGGAGUUUCUGUGUCCAUUUCCUCAUCAAACAACCUGCCGGGUGAUUGACUGGGUGAAGGAGGAGGUUGAACGCCAAAGUGGAAACAUGGGGAGUGAAGCUGGUAAAAGGAGCCUCCUGAACACAUUACACUACCUGUUUGAGUCUCAGAAUCGUGGACUGGCUCAGGCCGCACUGGAAUCUGUGGAAACACUUUCAUUCAGUGGAAUGACACUGACCCCGAUUGACUGCGCUGUCCUGUCUCAUGUCAUUGGACUCAGUGACACAAUAAAACACCUCAACCUGCAGAAUUGCCACAUUCAGUGUGAAGGAAUCCAGCGGCUGGGACCCGGGCUGCACAAGAGCCAGGAGUUGAGACUUGGGCGAAACCAGCUGGGAGAUUCAGGAGUGAAACUGGUGUCUGCGGCUCUGAGGAACCCAGAGUGUAAAAUACAGAAACUGUGGCUGGAGAAUGUCGGUCUCACAGAUUCUGGUGCCGAGGAUCUCGCCUCCGCUCUCAGUACAAACCCAUCACUGACGGAGCUGAACCUGAGUUAUAAUAAACUGGGGGAUUCAGGAGUGAAACUGGUGUCUGCGGCUCUGAGGAACCCGGAGUGUAAAAUACAGAAACUGUGGCUGUGGGGUGUCGGUCUCACAGAUUCUGGUGCCGAGGAUCUCGUCUCCGCACUCAGUACAAAACCAUCACUGACGCAGCUGAACCUGACCUCAAACUCGCUGACAGAUCGAUCUGCCCCCGCUAUCCGCCUCCUCAUACUGACCCUCCCGAGUCUGGAGUCGAUCGACUUCAUCCUCCUGUGGCUGACGAAUGAUGCAGAAUUUAUCUACUAUCACAUCACGGGGAUAGGAACACACAGGAAUGACUCGGAAAUUAUUUCCGCCUCUGUCGGAUAUUUGCUGAGGAAUAUCAGCUGCUGCACGAACACAUUCAUUUCCGCCGCCACUCAGUCCAGAUUCCGAGAGCAGGUGAAAAGCGCGCAGAAAUAUCCGUUCAUUUCAGUACUCCGGUUCAUUAACAGAGCAACCCCCAAACGAAGCACAAAACUGCCCAGAGUCAGCCCCGUAGUCCCGACUUCUACCCUCUCUUCCCUAAGGUGGCGCCGCUGGCUGAAUAUAGAGAGACCAUAUAGCUACGAUGUCCAAAGAGCGUUGUCACUCUCCUUCGAUCGCACAUCUGGGAACCUGACUCUGUAUAUACAUCUUCCGUCGGUGACGGAUUUAUGA